AUUUUUAUUCUGUUAUAAUUUCUUGUAAACCUUUUAUUUAAUAAUAAUAAAAUUUAUACGUAAGACAAAGGGGUAUGGUCAACAGACUUUAGCCUGGCCGGAAGGCGAAUAAUAGUAAUAAAAAAAUAUUUGUAAUAUACUAUUAUAUUUUUAUCGGCGGUUUUUUAUUUUUCUUGAUGCUGACUUUGUGUCAUAAUUACUUUUGCGUUUCGAAUAGUAAUAAAACCAGCAAAAAUGAUGGACAAGUAUUUAGUCGAAGAAAGUAUGCAUUUGGUAUUUUUAUUCUAUUACUGGUUGCUGUUUUAUGGGUAAUUUCUUCGGAAUUAACUAAGUACAUAUAUAUUGAGAAGAAAUUGGAAAGACCUUUUCUUGUGACCUAUGUGAGAAGUUCAUUAUUAUUUAUAUACCUCUUAGUACUGUGUUUUACUCCACCUACAAAGGAUCCAUGCCAACCAGCUGAAUACACACAACUGACAGAAGCAGUAAAUGAAACCGAUGAUGAGUUUAGUGAUGCCACAAAUAGUUUGGGUGACUCAACAUUUGUACCAGUCCGUGCAGGAGAAACAACAGAUAGCGAUGAUGCAACUCCAAGAGCCGUCAGAUUCAACAAAGUAGCUGAGGUGCGAGUCAUGUCAGCCGCGAUGGCCGGUGAGGCUUUACUUGCCCGUCUUUCGUGGUCGGCUUCACUCCGCGCCUCAGAGUUUGCCCAAAGACGUGCUGCGGCAGCAGCCACUCGACGACAUAUACGUCUCGCACUUAUAUUUACGAUACCUUGGUUCAUAUCCAAUUAUCUAUAUCGGCUUAGCUUGCUCCAUACGUCGACUUGUUCCGCGACAAUUUACACGUCAACGACAAGUGCAUUUGCGCUAUCACUCGGCGCUUUAUUCGCUCAAGCACCAACCGACAGAUUCAGCUUCUCGAAAUUCUUCUCAGUUUUACUCACUGCAGGUGGAAUGGUGGUGUUGAUUUUAUCGGAAAGCCAUAAGAAUAAUUGGACGGCGGUAUUAUCGGCUUUUGGCUCUGCAAUUUGUUACGCAGUGCAUUUGCUAUUGUUUCGACGGGAGUUGAGGAAAGGGGAUGGAAUUAAUUCUUUCUUACUUGUUGGUAUAGUCGGCUGUGUUUGUGGUUGUCUUAUUUGGACAUUUGGCGGUGUACUGGCACUAACGGGAGUGGAGAAGGCGGAACUGCCCUCUCCUCGUCUCUGGAGCUGGUUGUUGCUGGAUGCUGCUCUAAGUCCUUUGCUUAUGGAGUCAUUGUGGCUUUGGGGUAAAUCAUUAACAUCAUCGCGCACAGCAACAAGUGUGUUGAGCGCAACAGUGGUGAUGUGUGCGUGCCUUGAGGCGUGGCGGGGUGAGGGGGGAGUGGUGCGAUCGUGUGCGGCCGUGCUGGCCUCGUGCGGCUGGUUCUGUGCAGCACUGGAUAGGAGCGGCCUGCCUGCGCCGGCGGCUAGACUGCUACUCAGACUACGGCCGACCGAUCGACUCACGUCGAUACGCAACAUUUCCGAUUUGGAUGAGCAGACCGAGGCGCUAAUAUCAGAUGAUCCGACGUAACACGAUAAUUUUAAUGUCUAGAAUAAAUUUUUUGACUCGCAGCACCGAGUUUGCUGAAGCCACCCUUUGCGAUUGUUUCACUUAAAAUAAUUAUUGUAUACCAAUUUUGUGUUACACUCAGCGCCUUUGCUUAUUUACAGGUUCUAAAAAAAUAAGACUAAAAAUUGUCUAAGUAUGUUGUUUUAUUUCGUAAAUGGGAAAACAGAGUUUACUUAAUAUUGUAGUUAAUUUAAGUGAAACGGAACGCAAUUACUAGUCUAUGUUGUAGCAUUUAUUGACGUUUAAGUAAUAAUUCUUCGUAACAUUCCAUAAAAAAAACUGUUUUUGUAAAUACCUUAUUUAUACUAAAUUAACUUCAAAACUUGAAAGUAGAAAAAUCAUGACAACAGGGAAAUAUAAAUCUCGUCUUUAAGUCUAUCUCAGGUGGAUUUAAACGAAUUGUAAUUUGUAUGAGUGUUUAUUUUGGCUUUUUUGUGAUGUUUGAUUUUUAAUACAUAAAUAUAGCCCAUAGACCAAAGUAUUAAUGUGAAAUUUCAAAAAGUCACAGUGUAUACAUUUUGUGAUCUUUCGAAUUUAUAGAUACAAUAUAAUGUUUCCUAGACUUGUGAAUAUGUGUAAUUAAUAGGUAAGUGUUGUGUUGUUUCACUAAAGCAACUCUAGAGCGCUCACGGUCUUGGCGACGAGUUAUAAAAUUCUGAACUUAACUCGAUGGACUAAAUACUAAGCUUACAAAUUACAUAUUGAUCAUGUGUAUCUCAAAUUCCCAACCAGUUUUGUGCCAUGCCCCACCUUAGCCUUACUAAAAUUCAUAUGCAACACCCCCCCCCCCCCCCUAUCAACAUAAAUAACUUUUAAUUUUAUAUUUUUAAAACUGGAUUUGAAUAUAUUUUCGUCACAUAACGUUGAAGUUUAGCCAAUGUUGUAAUUGUUAGUAAAUCUCGUAAGUGACUUUGAGUGCAAUUGUAUUUACGAAAUAUGCCUUUCCUCGAGCCUUUUUUUAAUUUAUAAGACAUUCAAAGGUUAUUGGGGCUAAUUUUGAUGUAUUGAACUAGUUUUAUACCUAAGUUUACGCAGCUACAUUUGUGAAAAAAUUGAUUUUGUAAAAUAAAUAAAAUAAUAAUUUAUUUAAAUUUAUAUCUGGCUCGAAGAACCAACAUAUCUUUUUUAUUAUUAUGGCCCAUGGGCGAGUUUUUUUUAACUUAAAUUAUGAUACAGGCCCAGCAAAAUUGUAGUAGUAAUUCAUUAAAUUAUUUAUUUUUCUAGUUAAGAUUUUUUGUAGACAAUAUUUUACUUAAUUUAGCCUAGAUCGUAACCAUCAAAAUUAGCACAGCUCAAGGCCGCCUCGGGACUUCAUAGUGUUUAAGUUUGUACUUUAUUACUCUACAUAUGUAUUUUUAUUGGUUGGCGGGAGAAAUAAUUUUGUUUAAAAAAUCAUAUAAAAUAACUAUUUUAAUAUAAUAUAAGAUCAGUAUUGUGGUAUGUAUAUAAGAUUUCUGUAAAUAAACUGUAUUUUAUUACUAUUUUGCAGUGCAGAUGAUGGAAUGUUUAAAUAACUAGUAAUGUCUAUGAAACAAUUCCUAAAGGGAGAAGGCCGAACAAUUUUAACACGUCUAAGUAUAGCUUUGAUAACAUUUAUGAGAAUGAAGGCCUUGGAUGACAUUAAAUUGUAUGAAAAAAUCUGUGAAUGGUCUCUGAGAGGCCCAAAGUCACCAAAUUGUUGGCCUCCAUCAUCUGAGGGAACGACUUUCGUUUUGAGAUUAUUGGUAUAUUUAUAUAUCAACUUGUUUACAGUAUCUGUUGCACAAUGUUUAGAUGCAAUUGUUUAAGUUAAACUGAAUGUACCUAAUAAAUAAACAGCUUUGAUUC